AUGGUAGCCCUUAAUCUAACUUCCCUUGGACGUACGUCCGGUAAAAAAUUUAUCUCUUCUGAAGAUACCUCUGCUCCUGGUCUAUCUCAUAAUCAUAAACCAACUCAUUUCCCUCAAACACCAUAUAUCCAUUCCAAGCUUGACGAUAACUCAUCAGUUAAGAGAGAUCCAUUCGCACGAAACGAGGGUUUACAACAUUCAUCAAUUUAUAAUACUGUCACUAAUUCUUCUUCACCUAAUAACAAUCAUACCGUCAACAACCAACCUACCACCUCUUCUGGAAGUGGCCAUAGACAUAAGAGGAACGAAUCGGAAUUCUCAUUAGAUCGACAAGUAGUAGAUAUCGUAGCGGAUUACGUUAAACCCGAAUCUGACAAAGAACUCUCUUCUUCUCAAAACACAACCAGAAAAACUCACAAUAGUGUGUAUAGGGAACAUAAGAAUUCCGAUUUCUUAUCUGCAGGUGCUCCGUUAUCGCCCGUUCCGUCCGAAAGACCCACGCCAAGUAGAGCAUCGUCAUUUAACGAUCAAUCUUCUGCUCCUCCUUCUCCUCUGAUUGCUCCGUCGAUUUUAUCGCAAGAAUCCACUUCCACAAACUUUCAUCAAUCGAAAACUGCCAAUAUGAGAGGAAGCAAUAUCCGCAGAGGAGGAAGUAAAACUUCGACCAAGACUACUGUACCUUAUGGACCGGGCAUGUUGGAGAAGAUGGAAGAGCUAGAUGAGCUGAAAGGCUUAAGAAACGAUUCAAUGCCUCAUAUUUUGUCAAGCUUCGACAGGACGUUCAACCAAUCUGUCACGAGUGUUGGAUCGAGGACUAAAGCAGAUAAGAUGCUAGGCAUAGACUUGAAUGCUAAGUUGGCUUCUUUGUAUUUGGUUUCGGGAUUAGGAAAAUCCACCGCUCAAUGGUCUUUUGCCGAUUCCGAUUCUUCACGCGGUGUACAACCACUCGAGGACUCCAUGGGCCUCUUCUGGCGUCCUGAGAUGUUAGGUAGUUCCUUCAGCGGAGAGAAGACCGAAGAAACCUCUCGAGCAAGGAAAGAUUCAAAAUCAAGUACUUUCACCAAUGGCUUAUCCAAAGAUAUCAGAGGGAAAUACGUUCCCGAUGCUGGACCUGAUGGUGCUCAAAGACUCGUAUCGAAGAGCAUCAAAUUCGCUCAUCCCCGAGAUGUCGAAGUCGUCAAUUCGACUUUGUCACCUCCGACUACGUGUCAUGCAUUCACAUUCACGAUCCCUCGACACGAUACUCUCGCUGCUAUCGCUCGAACCCGUUUGGACAGUGCGGUCUCAGGGGCUCCAAAUACACUCUCGAUGUUAUCUGCAAUCGACGAACACGGUAAUUUCGAUCCAUCAUUGCAUCUACAAGCAAGGGGUAAUCCGAAUGUACGAAAUUCCAAUUCCGCAUCAGCUACUGAACUCACUUUUUACGGAGUGACAUUGACUGUAUGGACUCAUGCCGAUCGAGAUAGGGCGGUCCAAUUGAAAAGUAUCAAGAUGCGUGCUGAGCGCGCUAAGUUAGGUCAAGGAUCUCUCAACUCUAUCAACCCCUUAGCUCAACAUCAGCGAAAGAGCUCGACCGCUCCUAGUGAAGGUAAGAAGGGAGGAACCAAGCGGGGUUCAUUACAAUAUAUGAUGGGCAGAAAUCAAUCUGAAGGCGAUAUCACCGGUACGAGUGAGACUGAAACUGGUAUGAGUGAUUCGGAUCUUGAAGGACCUUUAGGUCGAAGAGCGAUGAUGAGAAAUACGAUGAACAGCGAUAGGUUGUCGACUGUUGAUAGUGUACCUGAGGAUGUGGCUGCUGCGUACGAUGAGGCCAGCGAUAUAUUCUGGAUGCCUUAUGCGAUCACUCUUGUCUCUCGAUUCCCGAUCUAUGAUUUCUUACAAGACUACCUCCGAUUAAGUUGGGCAAGGUUCUCCAAGAAUGCUAAGAUCCAUAUGACCCAGAUCAACAGACUGUUGAACUAUGAUCCGCCAAGACCAGGAGAAGCAUUUAAGCUGCCUGUAGGAGAGAAGUCAGAAGAUGAAGUGGUAGUCGAAGGACAUAUGCCAGGAGGUCUGAUGGACUUCGAUAAAGGUCUGAUGAAAGUGGAUUUCCAACUUUGGCCUUUGUUCCAAGCUGUCGAAUUGGAUCAUAUCAUCACUGCUGCCGAGGUCGCUUUGUCAAACUCUGGAAGAAUCAUCUUUUGCUCGAAACAUCCCGCGAUGCUCAAUGUCGCUGUCAGUACACUCAAGUAUAUUGUCGAAUUGAGGGGAUGGGAUGGUAUCACCAUGCCAAUGAUACAUGCUCGUGAUACUACAUUCGUAAUCGAGGAUCCUGGACCUUAUAUCAUUGGUAUGCCAACCGAAUCUGACGAUUUUAGUUCUUUAUCUUGUAAAUCGCCACCGGUGGGAGCAAUCACCCCUCGACCGAAACGAGAGAAGAUCAAACAAAAAUUGUUAUCGACUCUGGGUCAUUCUUACCCUAUGGACCGAAGUAUCCCUAUGGAAUUCAAGGUCUCUUACCCUAAAGGCAAUUUCCGUAAUUUUAAUCGAUUCACAUGCAAGGGCGAGAGACCUCAUUAUCUCGGAGAGAGGUUGAAAGCGCCCAGCUGGUGGAGACAUGAAGCUAUCAUUUCUGUGUUUGAUAAGAUCCUGGCUGAUAAGCACAAAAAGCCUACGUUGAUUCAAAGAUUGAUGAAAUCUGGGAUGGCCAGACCACAAGCUCAGUUAUCGCUUGGCGAACAGCUUGCUAAAGCCAUGAUGAGAAGAAGAGCCUUACACUACGUCGAAACAAGGGACGACCUCGAGCUCAAAGUCGCUAAGAUCAAUAAGCGAUUACUCAAACUCAUCCAAGAAGGUGAUCAUUGGAAGAAACAAUUCGAGAUGUUUGAGAAGGAAAGGAGGGAAGCCAAGAGGUUAUCCAACUUGGCAAAUGAACAAACCAAGCAGAAUGUUGAGUUGGAAGAGAAACUCAAAAACACUGAAGAUGCUAGAGCGGAGGCCAUGAGACAAUUAUCAGAUAUGCACCAAUCUAUUCAAGAACUCGAGAGGGAAAGGGAGGACAUCAUGAAUUCUCUCGAAGCUCAGAUCAACGGCGCCUUAGCUGGUUUACCCAGCUCUUUCACACCUUUGAAUGGUGCGGGAUCCGAUACUUCCUCUCGACCCGGUACGCCCAAUACCAAUGUCAACGUCAACGAAGCGUCAUCAAUCCGAUCAUCUUUAAAAGGUUCCACAAGAUCUAGAGCUGCCAUUGCCCAUUCGAUGAUUUCUAUUCAAUCAAAACCCAUGAGUGUACUAGGUCAAGUGAAAGGCAAUGGAAUGGAUAGUAAAUUAAAUAAGAGGGCUUCGGUAGUAACGAGUGCGACGGUUGAGACUGAGACUGGACGUGAAUUAGGGUUGGGUUUGCCAACUGGAAGUUUGAGUGGGAAUGAUUUGAUCGCUCAGAGAGUAGCGAGUAUACAAGCUAAGCUCGAACUCGCCUUGAACGUAGUUUCAUCCCAACGUUCAUCUAGCGUCAUGACCUCCUCUUCCAUUCCGACAGAUAGCGAAGUAGAAUCUGAAUCGGGUAACGAAACGGAUACAGAGGGGAAUACAACUAUCAUCGGAACUAGGAAAUAUCAAUCUAAAGAUACUGAGGAGGAAGAGGAAGAUGCGGAGAUAACGGAUAAAGAUAUUAACAAAACCCCUACAGCAUCUAGAAGACCUUCAAAUGCUGAUUUCCCCUUCACUGCCACUACAACCAAAGAUACAGAGGUCGUUCCGCCCCUGCCAGCACCGUCAAAUAGGAAAUCAGGCGGCAGUGAAGAAUUCUUGUCUGCGAAUGAAUCUUUUCCAAACCCAGACCCUCCUAUGGCCAUCAACCCUAGAUCACCCAUUCGGCCCAUAGAUGCAGGAGUGGGUAAGACCAAGAAUACCACUUCGUCAGCUUCUGCGCCUACACCGAUAAUCAUGAAACCUAACUCCCGAGCUCCCGCCAAAACUUCACCGAAGAAAAAAGUCAACGGGACCAGGAACGUCACACCGCCUUCACCUGCUGCAGACGAUAGUGAUGCAUCUGACAUCACCGCUCAUCCCCAGACUCAGAGGAAAGUGAUCAACGGCAAGAAAGGGUACAACUACGAUGAUGAGGAAGAAGCGUUCGAUAAAGGUGGCAAGAGGCUAUCGGCUAUGUCAAGUACGACUAUCGCUUUUGGACAGGCUGUUUGA